AUGACACAGCGGUUCGUCAAGUACGACCUGAACCAAGCUACGUCCAUUGCUGAGAAGCCACUUACACCCGAAGAAGCACAGAUCAUCGAGCAAAGCAACAAGAUUGAUCAGCGUUUGGCAACAGUUUAUGUGCUAGCGACCACUUCAACCGGAAUGCUGUUUGUCCUUGCCGCAAUCGUUAGAGGGCUAUACAGUUUUGAUGUUUAUAAUCAAUCAGUUUCGAAUAUUUUCAGUUUCCCCUUCGACAUAAGUCAUCCUCUGGUGUUUGGAUUUCUGUUCAUUUUGACCAGUUCCGCUCUGUUCAUUGUUUCCUUUGCCAGCGUAUCCGCCGAAGCUUUUUUCGCAGGAUUGGCAGGAAAUCUUGCAGCUCACUUCAAGUGCAUACAUAAACGUUUCGAAGAUCGUAGUUUCGACGAAAAUGAUGGGUCAUUGAAAGAGCUGAUAGACUAUCACGAACUAGUUUUGGAUCAAUCCAAUCGGUUGAUGGCCGCUUUCAGGAUGAUUAUUUUUAUGGACCUUCUGGUUGCUUCAGUGCUUUUGUGCAUUCUAUGCUUUCAAUUAGUAAUGUUUUUAGGAUCUUCUCUAUUAUUAAUCAUGGCCUAUUUAUUGUAUAUAGUUGUGAUUGUCAUUCAAGUUAGCUUUUUCUCUUACUUUGGAUCUCUUCUGUCACAUGAGAGCACAUUGGUAUCGGAUGCUAUCUACUGUAGCAAUUGGUACGAGGCAUCUCCUAAAACUCGGAAAAUGUUACUUCUAUGCAUGAUGAGAUCACAGUUACCGGUUAAUAUAAAUGCGGGGUUCAUGCGGGCAUCCCUACCAACCUUGUUAGCGGUAAGUUUCGAGUCACAACAACGUGAGUUCUUUAACGUCUUGGAGUAUUUCAGAUUAUCAACUCGGCAGGGUCCUCCGUUACUUUGCUUUUGUCAUUUACCUAGAUAA